AUGGAAAGAGGUCAUCACCCUUCCUCAGUGAUGGUUUGGAUUCCGUUCCAGCUCACGAGGCCAUGUCAACUCAGCAGUGGCUGCAAAAAAACAUUCCAGAGUUCAUCUCUGCCUCGGAUUGGCCCUCAGGAAGCCCUGAUCUCAAUCCACUAUAUUAUCGGCUUUGAUCUAAACUUGAGUGGAUGGCAUGUCACAGAGCACAUCCUAACUUGGAAAGCCUUAAACAAUCUCUGGUCUAAGCAGUAG